UUUGCAUUCCAGAAUGAAAAGAAAUUGAUGAAAGGGUAUUGUGAAUGGCUAACAGAAAUGUACGUCAGUGACCUAAAACGAGAGUUUUAUGAUGUUAUUCUGGGAAAACGUGUCCUGAUCUUCGUUAAUUUCGACGUGGAUGCUAUUGCCUCCUGUCGAAUUCUGCAGUACUUGUUGCUUUGUGAUUCAAUAAGCUACUCAAUAAUUCCUGUGCAGAACCACAGUGAUCUCAUUUCAGCCUAUAAAGAAAGCUGUGAACAGUCGAACCAUAUUAUUCUUAUAAACUGUGGGGGAACUCUGGAUAUUGUUGAAACAUUAGAACCAACUGAGGAAAAGGUGUUCUUUAUUGCUGAUUCUCAUCGUCCUUACGAUGUUUGUAACAUCUAUAAUGAUGGACAGGUUUGUUUGUUGGGUAAGUCUAGUGAGAAGGAAGAAAUUCCAUCUUAUGAAGACAUUUUUGGAAAUGAUGAUGACGAUGAGGUAAUUCAUUCAGAAAGUAGCGACCAUUUAGAUGGAGAAGAAAGUGAUGAAGACGAAGGUGAUGAAGAAGAAAUUCGUGAGUCCAAAUCAAAACGUCAGAAAUUGGAUCCUGCUGAAAUAGUUAUGCGUCGCAGAGAAAAAAGGCUGUGGCAUGAGAAAAGAAAAGAGAUUUUGUUCAACUACAUGCAAUUUUCUUUUUAUUCUUCAUCGACUGCACUUCUUAUGUUUGAACUUGCUUGGAAAUUAUCUCGCGACAGCAAUGACCUGCUAUGGUGGGCUAUAAUCGGGGUAGGCGAGCAGCAGCUUCUAGGUAAAGUUGAUUCCAAAACUUCGGUGCUUGACAAUGGCAAAUUACAAAGCCAUAUGAUUCGACUGGCUCAUUUAUCGCAACAUGGAGGAGAUUCGGCAGGAACCAAGGACGCGCUUUAUAUUACCCACGAAAAAGAUUUAAGUUUGUCAAUGUAUCGGCACUGGAGUUUAUUGGAAAGCUUGAAGUACACUCCUCAAACAGCCAGUCAUUUUCAUCUUUGGACAUUGAAAGGAGAAAAAAAACUCAAUGAGUUUCUAGCGGAAUUAGGGCUGCCACUGUCCCAGUGUCGUCAAAAAUAUAACUCGAUGGAUAUCGAGUUGCGCAAUGAUCUCCGUUCUAUUUUCCAGAAAAAAGUAGAGAAAUAUGACUUAGAGGACCUCAUUGAAUACAGCUUCAAUUCCCAAUAUGGGUUCCGCCCCAAAAAUUCGGCUAGUGACUUUGUCUUCGCCCUUUUAGCUCUGCUAGAUUCAGCCGAAAGGGAUAAGGAUCCAGCCGAUGCAUUUCAUGAUGCACUGGAAUGUCUAUCAAACUCGAAAAUGGACGCCGUUUAUAGAGGAAUAGAAUUGGCCAAGCUACAGCAAAUAGCAAUUGGAAAAGAAGUUCACGCUUGUCUAGACAUGGGCCAUGUGAUUAAUGCAGGACCUUGUUUAUACGCAGUUAUACAAGACGGGACGCCGGAUGCCAAAUACUAUGGCCAUCCACACAGCUUGUUGAUGCUGGGCCAAUUUCUUCUCAAGGCACACAUUUCGCGAGCCCGAGGUCGUGGAUUGAGAGCGAGAGAGCUACCCCUCAUCAUUUCCGCCCCGUCGGCCACACGACCUUCUUAUUGCCUUUUGUUGGGCUUGCCACCUUUAUCUCUGGAUUCCCCAAAGAACUUGAUUGGUAAAGCCUUUGAGCAAGCAGCUGAAAAUACCCAAACAGAGAUAACGUCUGUAUUUUUUGACUCCUCCGUGAUCGAGAUCAUUUCAGAAUUCCGAAGCAACUUUCUAGAUUCGUUGUUUUCACUUCUCGAAUAAUAUGGAUUUACCUGCAAGUCGACUGGAAAGAUUUUAGUGAUUCAUAUCAAAUACGCAUUUUCCUUUGUUUGUGUACGUGCGUUACAUGAUUUUAAAAUGUUGUGUAGAAUUUUUUCGAUUUUU